ACUGGGUAGUGUCCCUAGCUACUGUUGCUAAGACUGUGGGUCGCCUGAGGUGGUGGGAGUUAGUUUUGGCAGCCCGUGCCUGAGAGACGUCGAGGGUCAUUGCAGAGCCAGGGAGGAGAUGGUGAAGCAGACGAUCCAGAUAUUCGCGAGAGUGAAACCCCCUGUCCGGAAGCACCAACAAGGGAUUUACUCCAUAGACGAAGAUGAAAAAUUAAUACCUAGCUUGGAAAUUAUUGUACCACGUGAUUUGGCAGAUGGGUUUGUGAAUAAUAAGCGAGAAAGCUACAAAUUUAAAUUUCAAGGAAUUUUUGAUCAGGAUGCAAACCAAGAGAUCAUUUUUGAAAACAUUGCCAAACCAGUUGCUGAGAGUUUCCUGGCAGGUUACAAUGGUACCAUCUUUGCAUAUGGGCAAACAGGUAGCGGGAAGACAUUCACUAUCACAGGGGGUGCAGAGCGUUACAGUGACCGAGGCAUUAUCCCAAGGACACUGUCAUACAUUUUUGAACAGUUACGAAAGGACAGCAGCAAAAUAUAUACAACGCACAUUUCCUAUUUGGAAAUCUACAAUGAAUGUGGUCAUGAUCUUUUGGAUCCAAGACAUGAAGCCUCCAGUUUGGAAGAUUUGCCGAAAGUGACAAUAUUGGAGGACCCUGAUCAGAACAUUCACCUGAAAAACUUAUCUCUUCAUCAGGCAACCACAGAGGAAGAAGCUCUGAAUUUGCUCUUUUUAGGAGACACCAACCGAAUGAUUGCAGAGACUCCUAUGAACCAAGCUUCAACCCGUUCCCACUGCAUUUUCACUGUUCAUUUGUCAAGCAAGGAACCAGGAUCUGCAACUGUACGACAUGCCAAACUUCAUUUGGUUGACCUGGCUGGUUCAGAGCGAGUCGCAAAGACUGGAGUAGGGGGCCUUCUUCUAACGGAGGCCAAGUAUAUCAACUUGUCACUACAUUACUUAGAGCAGGUUAUCAUCGCUCUUUCAGAAAAGCAUCGUUCACACAUUCCUUAUAGAAACUCCAUGAUGACCAGUGUCCUAAGAGACAGUUUGGGAGGGAACUGCAUGACAACUAUGAUUGCAACACUCUCUUUAGAGAAAAGGAACCUUGACGAGUCUAUAUCUACCUGCAGAUUUGCACAGCGAGUGGCACUCAUAAAGAAUGAAGCUGUUCUCAAUGAAGAAAUUGAUCCUAGAUUGGUAAUUAAACACCUACAAAAGGAAAUCCAGGAACUGAAGGAUGAACUGGCCAUGGUCACUGGGGAGCCAAGGACAGAGGCGCUCACAGAAGCAGAGCUCCUUCAGCUGGAAAAACUAAUAACAUCCUUUCUGGAAGACCAGGAUCCAGAGAGUAGAUUAGAGGUUGGCGCUGAUAUGCGUAAAAUUCAUCACUGUUUUCAUCAUUUAAAGAAACUACUGAAUGACAAGAAGAUCCUUGGAAACAAUACAGUCUCCUCUGAAGGCAAAGACCAAGACUGCCAAGAACCAUUAAAAGAGGAAGAAUAUAGAAAGCUACAAGAUAUUCUAAAGCAGAGAGAUAAUGAAAUCAAUAUCCUGGUCAACAUGUUAAAAAAAGAAAAGAAGAAAGUUCAGGAGGCUCUCUACUUGCCUGCCAAGGGUAGGCAUGAAUUCAGACACUCUCAGAGCCCACCCUUCCCCCUGGGAAACCCAGAAGAAGGCCAAAGAAUGCUACUACCCUCAGCUCCCUCGCAGGCCCAGGACUUCAGCACUUUGGGGUACAGAUCCAGUUUGCUCCACAAGAAAACAGGCCAGCAGAGAAUGAUGUGCACACAGGUGGCUGAUGCCUUUCCCUUAAAGACACUGAGGAAUCAGACCUAUGGAAUGUACUGGAACAAAUGG